AUGGGCCCCUUUUCGCACGUGGUAGCUGUUGCCUCUGCUCUCGCCCCAGCGCCGGAAUCUCUCUUCUCAAUUGCCAGAAUCAACGAACAAGCUACUGCCCUCGGUUAUGGUAGCAUGGAGAGCGCACGCCCACACCUCUCUGUCCGACACCCUCGCGAUCCUCCCAAGAACACUGAAGGCCAAAUCUAUUGCGACCACACCGACUGUCAGGCUGCGCCGCCUACUUUCCGCCGUCCUUGUGAAUGGAAAAAACAUAUGGAUAAACACGAUCGGCCUUACAAGUGCUACGAACCUGGUUGCGACAAGAUUCAGGGCCUUACCUACUCUGGCGGCCUCUUACACCACCAGCGUGAGGUUCACAAGAAGAAUAACGACACCAAGGAGCCCUUGAUGUGUCCCUAUACCGAUUGCAAUCGCAGCACUGGCAACGGAUUCACGCGUCGGGAAAAUCUUCGAGAGCACUUGCGCCGUCGCCACAUGCACACGGAUGAUGGUUUAACAACCUCCAAUCUUAUGGAUAUGCCAGGGGAGCGCGCCAACCCUAAUUCCGAUGAGAAUUGCGACGAUCUCCGCAACGAAGUCAAGCGACUGCGUCGUGAGAUGCAGAAGAAGGAUCGCCGUCUGGAGCAGCUGGAGCGCAUCGUUACCGAUCUCCAGAAAGCCAUCCGUCAGCCGUCCAUGCCCGAACACGGCCCUCAGUUUACGCAGGCGAUGCCCUCCGCCGCCCAGUGCCCCGGGUCAUUGCUCCUAUAA